AUGAGUGACCCUAAUUGGCAGAGAAUCUCUCAUGAAUUGAGACGUCGUGCGGCCCAGGCACGUCCUGGCGGAGGUGCUCCUCCAAGAAUGCCCGGUGGCCUUUUUUCUGUCGGAGGUCUUGUUCUUGCCUCUGUGGGACUCUGGGCUGCUGGAAACUCCCUUUUCAACGUUGACGGUGGUCAAAGAGCCAUUGUCUACUCUCGUUUGAGCGGAGUCCAGUCCAGAAUCUAUCCAGAAGGUACGCAUUUUGUUUUGCCUUGGUUCCAGAGACCUGUGGUCUACGAUGUUAGAGCCAAGCCCAGAAACGUCUCUUCUUUGACAGGCACCAAGGACUUGCAGAUGGUCAACAUCACCUGCCGUGUUUUGUUCAAGCCUGAUGUUUUGGAAUUGCCAUCUAUUUACAGAACCUUGGGCCAGGACUAUGACGAGAAGGUUUUGCCGCUGAUUGUCAACGAGGUGUUGAAGUCAGUCAUUGCCCAGUUUAACGCUUCCCAAUUGAUCACCCAGAGAGAGAAGGUGUCGAGACUUGUGAAGGAGAACCUCACGCGCCGUGCCGCCAAAUUCAGCAUCUUGUUGGACGAUGUUUCGUUGACUUUCAUGACAUUCUCGCCUGAGUUCAGUGCCGCCGUCGAGGCUAAGCAGAUUGCACAGCAAGACGCUCAGAGAGCUGCUUUCAUUGUUGAUAAGGCAAUUCAGGAGAAACAGCAGUUGGUGGUUAAGGCUGCUGGUGAGGCCAAGUCUGCCGAAUUGAUUGGUGAUGCCAUCAAGAAGUCGAAGGACUAUGUUGAGUUGAAGCGUUUGGAUACCGCUCGUGAGAUUGCCCGCAUCUUGGCCAACUCGCCAAACAGAAUCCUUUUGGACAAUGACACCUUGUUGUUGAACACUGUGGCGGACACCCGCAAAUGA